CUCGAAUUCAGAGACCCACCUGCUUCUGCCUUACAAGGGCUGAAAUUAAAGGCUUGUGCCUUCACCGCCUGGCUUCCCAUGUAGGGCGCUGCAGUUCUUUGGUUCUGAGCCUCUGCCUGUCCUACAGGAGAGACACCAGAGGGCGCGAGGACUCCAGUCUUGGUUGCUGGAGAAAAACUCUUUGAGGCCAUAGCUGGUGUGUCCUCUUCCUUCUACUUUACAGGAAUCUUCUGUUUGAGGCAGGAGGUUCUCAUUCUGUAGCCUUGGCUGUACUGGAACUGGCUUUGUAGACCAGGCUGGCCCUGAAGCUGCAAAGACUUCUUUGCCUUCUGGGACUUAAAGGCGUGCACCAUCACGUCCGACUUUGUAGGAAUCCAAGUGUCCACAGUAAAAGCUUAUGGUUGGGAAAUAAAAGUGGGCAGCCGUUCGUAUCCAUCCAACAAUUACUGAGCAAUGAAGACAUCAGCCAGUCACCGAAGAAGAAAGCGGGAACUUCUCACUAGCAUCUGUAGAGAUGUAUUAUUUCCAAACCUUUGUGAUCUAUCUUGUGUGAUGACAAGAAACAGGAUAAAUGGGCAUUCCAUCCAAGGCUUUGCCAACUUGCGAUGCCUCCUAGAGACUUCUGGUGAAAGUGGGAACAAGCGUCGGGUUGCCAUGGUGCUUGGCUGUGUGCAGGAGCCCAAAAAGCCUUGGAGGCUUCCGUAGUCAGCUGCGCGUCACGUGCUUAAUCCUUGCACCGGGUGACUUUCUCCGGUCGGGCUCCGGUGUCACAUGACCUACUCUGGGGUAACAUGGCGGCGGCCGUGGUGCAACGCCGGGACUGAGCGACAGCAAGUGUGGCUCGCUCCUUCCCGGGGUGAGGAGAGCAUCAGCGUGGGAAGGGCGACUGAAUCCUCGUCUUCUUGCUCCUGUCCCCAACGUCACCUGCGUCUCACGCGUCCUCUCCUCUAUCGGGACCAGAGGGAAUGACGAAGGCCAGGGCUCUCCACAGUUUUGUUCUGUGCAUCGGAGCACGCUCCUAGCCGGCUGUGGGCUAUCCUCCUCGCCGUCCUUUCGCCAACCUCCUUCCUUCGGAGGUGGGACCGGAGCGUGGGAGGUUGCAUUCUCCUGGAACCAUGGCAGGGUCCGACACGGCGCCGUUCCUCAGCCAAGCUGAUGACCCAGAUGACGGGCCAGCGCCUGGCCACCCGGGAAUGCCAGGGCCCAUGGGGAAUCCUAAGUCCGGGGAGCCCGAGAUUCCGGACCGCGAGGGCCUGCAGCGCAUCACUGGUUUGUCUCAGGGCCAUUCGACCCUGAUAGUGGCUGUGCUGUGUUACAUCAACCUCCUGAACUACAUGGACCGCUUCACCGUGGCUGGCGUUCUCCCAGACAUCGAGCAGUUCUUCAGCAUCGGAGAUAGCAGUUCUGGCCUCAUCCAGACUGUGUUCAUCUCCAGUUAUAUGGUGUUGGCACCAGUGUUCGGCUACCUGGGUGACAGGUACAAUCGGAAGUACCUCAUGUGCGGGGGCAUUGCCUUCUGGUCCCUGGUGACGCUGGGGUCAUCCUUCAUUCCCAGAGAGCGUUUCUGGCUGCUCCUCCUGACCCGGGGCCUGGUGGGGGUCGGGGAGGCCAGUUACUCCACCAUUGCGCCCACUCUGAUCGCCGACCUCUUCGUGGCAGACCAGCGGAGUCGGAUGCUCAGCGUCUUCUACUUCGCUAUUCCCGUGGGCAGUGGUCUAGGUUACAUUGCAGGCUCCAAAGUGAAGGAUGUGGCUGGAGACUGGCAUUGGGCUUUGCGGGUGACACCAGGUCUGGGGGUGGUGGCUGUUCUGCUGCUGUUCCUGGUGGUACAGGAGCCCCCGAGAGGAGCUGUGGAGCGGCACUCGGGUUCACCGCCCCUAAGCCCCACCUCAUGGUGGGCAGAUCUGAAGGCGCUGGCACGAAAUCCUAGUUUCGUCCUGUCCUCCCUCGGCUUCACUGCUGUGGCCUUCGUCACGGGCUCCCUGGCUCUCUGCCCAGCGUUCCUGCUGCGCUCCCGUGUUGUUCUGGGAGAGACCCCUCCCUGUCUUCCUGGAGACUCAUGCUCGUCUUCUGACAGUCUCAUCUUUGCUAUCACGUGCCUGACUGGAGUUCUGGGUGUGGGCCUGGGGUGUGGAGAUCAGCGCCGUCUUCGCCGCUUACCCACGGCCGACCCACUGGUCUGUGCAGCUGGCCUCCUGGGCUCUGCGCCUUUCCUCUUCCUGUCCUUGGCCUGUGCCCGAGGCAGCAUCGUGGCCACCUACCUGGUCAUGUGACUCGCUCCCACUUCUGCCCUCCAGAUUUUUAUCUUUAUUGGGGAGACCCUGCUGUCCAUGAACUGGGCCAUCGUGGCUGACAUCCUACUGUAUGUGGUGAUCCCACUCGACGCCUCCACUGCUGAGGCCUUCCAGAUCGUGCUAUCCCAUUUGCUGGGUGAUGCUGAGCCCUACCUCAUUGGUCUAGUGAAUUCAGACCGCCUCCGACGGAGCUGGCCCGCUUCCUUCUUGUCCGAGUUCCGGGCCCUGCAGUUUUCACUCAUGCUCUGUGCUUUUGUUGGGGCACUGGGUGGCGCGGCUUUCCUGGGCACUGCUAUGUCAUUGCGGGGAGACCGCCGGCGGGCUCAACUCCACGUGCAGGGGGAGACAGGGCCUUCAGAUGACAGGAUUGUCGUCCCUCAGCGAGGCCGUUCUACACGUGUCCCCGUGUCCAGCGUUCUCAUCUGAGGAGCUGUUGCCCAUCCAGCCACCAGGUGCAACAGGCCCUGGGCCCACCCCGGGAGGUGCCCAGGCAGAAGCCCUCAACAGAUCCAGUUCCGAGGAGGAAGCUUGGG